ACCAUCCGCCUGGUCUGAGUCAUCUCCGGAAGCCUUGCCCACGAUCGAGGCGGAUGUGAGGCAUCCACGGAGCAGGACUCUCGGAAGACGCAGCAGCAGCCACCGCAGGAGGAGAAGGAAGCCUCCCGGGCCUUCCCCGAUGGAUGAUCUCUGUGAAGCAAAUGGCACUUUUGCCAUCAGCUUACUCAAAAUGUUGGGUGAAGAGGACAGUUCACGAAAUAUAUUCUUUUCUCCCCUGAGCAUCGACUCUGCCCUGGCCAUGGUCUUAAUGGGGGCAAAAGGAAACACCGAAGCCCAGAUGUCAGAGGCACUUUGUUUGAACAAAGAUGGAGAUGUUCACCGAAGUUUCCAAACACUUCUCAGUGAAGUUAACAAAACUGGCACUCAGUACUUUCUCAGAACUGCCAACAGACUCUUUGGAGAAGAAACGUGUGAUUUUCUUCCAGCCUUUAAGGAAUCUUGUCAGAAGUUCUAUCAGGCAGAGCUGGAGGAAUUGUCCUUUGCCAAAGAUUCUGAAGACUGCAGGAAACAUAUAAAUGACUGGGUGACAGAAAGGACUGAAGGUAAGAUUUCAGAGGUGCUGAGUGCUGGGACAGUCAAUUCACUGACAAAGUUGGUGCUUGUGAAUGCCAUCUAUUUCAAAGGAAAGUGGAAUGAGCAAUUUGACAGAAAGUAUACAAGGGGAAUGCCCUUUAAAACCAAUGAGGAGAAAAAGACAGUGCAGAUGAUGUUUAAGCAUGCUAAAUUUAACAUGGGGUAUGUAGACGAGGUGCAUACCCAGGUCCUGGAGCUGCCCUAUAUGGAGGAGGAACUGAGCAUGGUCAUUCUGCUGCCUGAUGACAACACCGAUCUCACCGUGGUGGAAAAAGCAAUUACAUAUGAGAAGUUCAGAGCCUGGACAGAUCCAGAAAAGAUGACAAAGAGUAAAGUUCAAGUUUUCCUUCCCAGAUUAAAGCUAGAGGAGAGUUAUGACUUGGAGCCUUACCUUCGACAUUUAGGAAUGACUGACGCCUUUGACGAAGCCAAGGCCAACUUUUCUGGAAUGUCAACUAAGAAGAAUGUUCCUGUGUCCAAGGUUGCCCACAAGUGCUUUGUGGAGGUCAAUGAGGAAGGUACAGAGGCAGCUGCAGCCACCGCAGUGGUCAGGAAUUCCCGGUGCGUUAGAAUAGAACCAAAAUUCUGUGCAGACCAUCCUUUCCUUUUCUUCAUCAGACAUCAUGUAACCAAGAGCAUCUUGUUCUGCGGCAGGUUCGCUUCUCCAUAAAGAGGGGCAAUUCCUGCACAUGACCUCCUUUCCCUUCAACCUAUCCUGUCUUAAUUAACAUUCCGUGUACCCAAAUUGCAAUGGCUUGAAUGCCAAAAUAAAGUGUGUGCACCUGG